AUGCCGGCCGCGAUCGCCCUGCGCGCCACCCGCGACAACCUGCGCCACGACUCGGCCGCAGCCGAAUCCGAAGCCGACGCUGAUGAGGCGUUCGGGGCGGCCAAUCGGAAGCUUCUCGACGACUACUGGCACCGGGACUACCGGGCCAUGAUGGAAGGCCCGCAAGCGACCACCACAGACGAGUAA